CCGACGGAGGCACCCAGCGGUACUGCCCCUGAGCUGCCCUCCCAGCACCGACGCUCGGCGUAGAACCUCCAUGCACUCGGAGAUCCAGAGGGAGCGGGCAGAGAUCGGUGGCAUGAUGGCCCGGCCAGAGUACAGGGAGUGGAACCCUGAGCUCAUCAAACCCAAGAAGCUACUGAACCCCGUGAAGGCCUCCCGGAGCCACCAGGAGCUACACCGAGAGCUGCUGGCGAACCACAGGAGGGGCCUCGGCGUGGACAGCAAGCCGGAGCUGCAGCGGGUCCUGGAGCACCGCCGGCGGAACCAGCUUAUCAAGAAGAAGAAGGAGGAGCUGGAGGCCAAGCGGCUGCAGUGCCCCUUUGAGCAGGAGCUGCUGAGGCGGCAACAGAGGUUGAACCAGGUGGGUGCUAGGUACCCAGCCCCAGCCCGAGCCUCCUCCCAGGCCACCUGCUGUCUCCUGGCCCAGGGAAGAACUCUGCAUGUGGCCACAGCUGGUGGAAGGGAGGAGGUUAAACAAAAAGAGCACUGGACCAGGAGUCUACCGCUGUCCCGAGUGUUCACUGUGCACUCACUCUGCUAUGUGGCUUUGGGCAAGUGGCUUCCCCUCUCUGAACCUUGGUUUUCUCAUCAGCCCAGUGUUCUGCACACCGAUUCUGUUUCAUUCUCCCAACUACCCAGCGAGCCAGAUGGCAUUUCCUUUCUAGAGGCGGGAAGCCUGAGCCCUGAUGAGGUGAACGAUGUGAACUAGGCUUCACAGGAAGAACUUGGUCACCUACUGUCCCCCAGCCACCAGGCUGGUAGCAGAACCAAUCCUUGGCUCUGUUUUCCCACUGAGAGAAGAACCCUCUCU